AUGACCCAGACCCAGAGCACCGCCCUCCGAGCAAACCCAUUGGCUGAUAUGAAGCAAGUCCCGCCCUGCUAUGUGAAAAAAGUCCAGUCACUGUUUUUCCCGAAAGUCUUGCCUAUAAAGAUCCAUCCCGUAACCCUCAGCGUUUAUGCUGUGCACACACUUGAGGAUUAACAAAGAGUCGCUUCCUUCGCUUCAAUAAAGGACACUGUCUAGACAACGAGCGAUGUUCACCCCGGUGGUCGUCCUGCUGGGCCUGGGUCUGAGUCUGACCCAUACGUUCCCCUCCCAAGCCCCAGAGGCUGGGAAGAACUGGGUGGUGAUCGUCGCUGGCUCCAGCGGCUGGUACAACUACAGACAUCAGGCCGAUGCAUGCCAUGCCUACCAGAUCGUCCAUAAGAACGGCAUUCCUGACGAGCAGAUUGUGGUCAUGAUGUUUGACGACUUGGCCACUAACGAAAACAACCCCACCCCCGGCGUGGUGAUCAACCGGCCUAACGGCACCGACGUGUACAAGGGCGUCCUCAAGGACUACACCGGAGACGCGGUCACACCAGAGAACUUCCUUGCAGUUCUGAAGGGAGACUCCGCCAAUGCGAAGGGCGGUUCUGGGAAGGUUCUCAAGAGCGGCCCUAACGACCACGUGUUUGUUUACUUCACGGAUCACGGCGGUCCUGGCAUCCUGGCGUUCCCCGACGACGAGCUCCACGUUAAAGACUUCCAGGAUACCAUCAAAUACAUGAGGGACAACAAGAAAUACCAAAAGAUGGUAAUGUACAUCGAGGCGUGUGAGUCCGGCUCCAUGAUGACCGACCUGCCCGAAGAUAUCGAUGUGUACGCCACCACGGCCUCCAACUCCCACGAGUCCUCGUACGCCUGCUACUACGACGAGAAGAGGGACACCUACCUGGGAGACUGGUACAGCGUCAACUGGAUGGAAGACUCCGACGUGGAGGAUCUGACCAAAGAGACGCUGGUGAAACAGUUUAAGAUCGUCAAGAAACACACCAACACCAGCCACGUGCAGCAGUUUGGGAACAAGACCCUGGCCCAUAUGAAGGUGAUGGCCUUCCAGGGUAACUCCAUGGCCGGCGCCCCCCGAGCCCCCCCCAUGACCCUGCAGCCCGUGGUGGACCCCGACCUCACCCCCAGCCCCGACGUGCCGCUGGCCAUCCUGAAGAGGAAGAUGAUGGCGUCCAACAACCUCCAGCAAACCAGGGGCCUGCUCAUGGAGAUCAGCACCCAUCUGAAGAUCCGGGAGGUGCUGGCCGACAGCAUGCGGCGGGUGGUGGAGGAGGUGACCGGGGACUCUGUGCAGGCCCAGGCGGUCCUGAACUCCUGGUCCACCCUCACGCAGCAUGCCUGCUACCAGAGCGCAGUGCGCCACUACAAGACCGCCUGCUUCAACUGGCACAAGACGGAGUACGAGUAUGCAAUCCGCCACCUGUACGCCCUGGUCAACCUGUGUGAGAGAGGAUACGCCACAGACAGGAUUCUGCAGGCCAUGGAUGCUGCGUGUUACUGAGUGAGGACGCCUCCCGCCGAACCAAAGAGCGUCUGAGAUGAGACCUGAGGAUGAGGAGGAUGAUGAUGAAGAAGGUGGUGAUGAUGACGAGGUUUAACGGGGAACUCUUCUGAGAGCAUGGCUCCUCUGCACUUUUAACGAAUCAACCACACGUCCAGCUAAAUGUGUUGCUUUUGUUUUGGAUGCAGACUUUUACACCUAUUUUGGUUUGUUUUUUAAUCUGGUUUCACACAUGUUUUAAGUUGUGGUUUUAUGAUGGAUGCACUGCGAAUGAGUCUGUUUUAACAGGGUAUUUUAACCACUUCCAAUUUUUUUUCUUUUUCUUUUUUUAUGAUUUAGUUCUUCAAUGUUGGGCGAAUGUGGCCUGCCAGUGUAUUUCGAUUUAUUUUGCACAUUAAGACUUUAAGCUUGCAUAUCGUCACCCUCUUAAAGUAAUGGCCUAAGUCACCUUUUUGCCAAAAUGAUUUUCUUGCCUAAAUCAGCUCUUUGUGAUGCUAGCCACCUCUGGUAAAAUCCCCAACAUCCUCAGUUGAACAGAUCAUGUGAUCCUACCCGUUUAGUGUAAUGGCCUAUGUCAAGAGUGUGAAUUAGGCCAAUUUAUUUUGCCUAAGUCACUAGACAAGAGUGACUUAGGCAAUUUUAUGAGCGUUUCAAGAUGGCGGCCACUUCCAAAAAAAAGAAAGUCUACCAAGCUAGUGAAGUUAUUGCCAUGAUGCAGGACUCGUUCCAUACAAAUGUUUGUGGCAUAGGCCUACCCUUCCUCAUGGUCUGUUACAGUAGUGGGGAAAAAAAGAAAUGCACUGUUUUGCCUCACUUAUUCCAGAAUUAAUUCGGCCCAAGUCAGGUUCAAAAUUUAGUAAAUCACAAAGGCAUGUUCAUAAAUUGGCCUAUGUCAUCUUAUCCUCUUAUGUUACACAAUUGACUGACAUCAUUAUUUGUAUAUCAAUAGUAAUCUAUUGUCAUAACCUUUGUGUUUGAAAUGAUUCAUAAAUAUCAUAUACUCUAUAUAUGGUUCAGUUUUUUCUGUUUUCUGAACAACUUGAAAAUAUGACUUAGGCCAUUACUUUAAGAGGGUGACGAUAUGUGGCUUGGAUGAGUCAAAUACGUACUGAUUGCUGAUCAAAUAUUCUAAAUGCGUACUGCCGCCGAUCCUAGGCACGUUUCGUCAAUCACGCCCUGCUCCAUCGUUUUGGAAAAUAAAAAAACACUUGAAGACAU